AGACAUGAAAAAUGCUGUAAUUGGAAACAACAAGCAGAAAGCCAAUCUCAUUGUUUUAGGAGCUGUUCCAAGAUUAUUGUACUUGCUUCAGCAAGAAACCUCAAGCACAGAGCUGAAAACUGAAUGUGCCGUGGUAUUGGGGAGUCUUGCUAUGGGUACUGAAAACAACGUCAAGUCUCUUCUAGAUUGCCAUAUUAUCCCUGCCUUACUGCAAGGACUACUGUCUCCAGACCUGAAGUUCAUUGAAGCUUGCCUCCGGUGCCUGCGCACCAUCUUCACCAGUCCCGUCACUCCAGAGGAGCUACUGUAUACAGAUGCCACGGUGAUCCCACAUCUCAUGGCGCUGCUCAGCAGGUCCCGCUACACCCAGGAGUACAUCUGUCAGAUCUUCUCACACUGCUGUAAAGGUCCAGAUCAUCAAACAAUUUUGUUUAACCAUGGUGCAGUUCAGAAUAUUGCUCACCUACUAACCUCAGUAUCUUACAAAGUUCGAAUGCAGGCACUGAAAUGCUUCUCAGUUUUAGCUUUUGAAAACCCCCAGGUAUCGAUGACGCUGGUAAAUGUUUUGGUUGAUGGAGAAUUAUUACCACAAAUUUUUGUGAAGAUGUUACAGAGGGAUAAACCUAUUGAGAUGCAGCUCACAUCAGCAAAAUGUUUAACUUACAUGUGUAGAGCUGGAGCAAUUCGGACAGAUGACAACUGUAUUGUAUUGAAGACACUGCCUUGUUUGGUUCGAAUGUGCAGUAAGGAGAGAUUACUAGAGGAGAGAGUUGAAGGAGCUGAGACACUCGCCUAUCUGAUUGAACCAGAUGUGGAGCUACAGAGAAUCGCUAGCAUAACUGAUCACCUCAUUGCCAUGCUUGCUGAUUAUUUCAAAUAUCCCAGCUCAGUGAGUGCCAUCACUGAUAUUAAAAGGCUUGAUCAUGACUUAAAACACGCUCAUGAACUCCGCCAGGCUGCAUUCAAGCUCUAUGCCUCUCUAGGAGCAAACGAUGAAGACAUCCGGAAGAAGAUCAUUGAGACUGAAAAUAUGAUGGACCGAAUUGUGACUGGCUUGUCUGAGUCUAGUGUCAAGGUGCGGUUAGCUGCCGUCAGAUGUUUGCACAGUUUAUCUAGAUCUGUGCAGCAGCUUCGAACCAGUUUCCAGGAUCAUGCUGUGUGGAAACCUUUAAUGAAGGUUUUACAAAAUGCACCAGAUGAAAUCCUAGUAGUAGCAUCCUCCAUGCUAUGUAAUCUUCUUCUUGAAUUUUCUCCAAGCAAAGAGCCAAUUUUAGAAUCUGGAGCUGUGGAACUACUUUGUGGAUUAACCCAAAGUGAAAAUCCCGCUUUGCGAGUGAAUGGAAUUUGGGCUUUAAUGAAUAUGGCAUUUCAGGCUGAACAAAAAAUAAAAGCAGAUAUUUUACGAAGCUUGAGUACUGAACAGCUCUUCCGGUUAUUAUCAGAUUCAGAUUUGAAUGUGCUGAUGAAGACAUUGGGACUUCUUAGAAAUCUCCUCUCUACUCGGCCUCAUAUAGAUAAAAUAAUGAGUACACAUGGGAAGCAAAUUAUGCAAGCCGUCACCCUUAUUCUGGAAGGAGAGCAUAACAUUGAGGUCAAAGAGCAGACACUGUGCAUCCUAGCCAACAUAGCAGAUGGGACAACAGCAAAAGAACUCAUUAUGACCAAUGAUGACAUCCUGCAGAAAAUCAAGUAUUACAUGGGUCAUUCACAUGUCAAACUGCAGCUUGCUGCUAUGUUUUGUAUAUCAAACCUCAUAUGGAAUGAAGAGGAAGGUUCACAAGAACGCCAGGAUAAAUUACGAGACAUGGGCAUCGUAGAUAUUCUACACAAACUGAGUCAGUCACCAGAUUCAAACCUUUGUGACAAGGCAAAGACGGCACUGCAGCAGUACCUGGCGUGA